GCUAUGAGCUCUGUACUGACCUCAACACGCACCCUGAUGCAGAUGUUCGAUGUGAACAUACAAGCGUUUGCCAAUGAAAUUGAAAAUGACCACAUGGUGUGGCUGUUUGAGAUCCAGCACGAAGCCAACCGCAUAUUCUCAAGUGACUUCAGUGCGGAACCGGAAUUGAUGCCAAAGACUCCAUCACAGAAGAAAAGCAACCGUAGGAAACGUCUAUCUGUGGGUCAGAAUGAAAAUCGCAACAGGAGACGCUUCUCCAAGGGCAAGCGCAGUAACCUGCGUCGCUCUUCCGUGUCCACCACCCUGAACCUGAUAGCAGAGGAUGAAGGAGGAUCCCCAGUCACAAGGGAAGAGCUGGUCGAACCCUCACGCGCUCGCAGAACCAAACAGACCACCCAGCCUGAGGUGGCAUCACCUGUACGCAGCACCUGCAAAGGAGCUGCUCAGACCUCCUCCUUCCAGCUGGGGGAGGCACAGCAGCAGGUGUCCAGCUCCAUCAGCCAGAUCCAGGAGGAGAAUAUGCAGGAGGAGGCUGAGAGUAAUAGGGGGGAGUCCAGCUCAGACUCCAGCCAGCCCCUGUGUUUCACACCCUCUCGCUCCCGUCAGACCCAAAGCCACAUAACUGAAGCCGUAGUUAAGAUCUCAGCCGCCGAGCGGCAGUCUGCAGAGCUCCAGAUGAACCCCAGCGCGGAGCGUUCUCCAGGCCGCGCCGCCAUUAAGAUGGUCAUCGCUGCUGCCACGCACUUGGACGCCAGGCGGCGCUCCGUGAGACACUCCCUGACUGUGCGGCUCUCCCUGGCAGGGCUGAGAAACAGCAUGACCCAGGAGUCUGUCCGCAGAGCCUCCAGGAGAUCCUUCCUGAAGAAGAAGAAGGCUCGGCUGGGCAGCUCCACCUGCAGCAGUAACGUCAGCGGGCUUGAAGAUGUGGAAGUUGACGGUGAUGAGGAGGUCAAGGUGCAGACAGAUGGGGUGUUGUCAGAGGAGCCAACGGAGACAGGAUGUCUUGGUCCUGAGACUUCUCCUGAGUUUAACACGGUGUCGAACCACCCAGGGGCUGUUAGUGUUGAGGUUCGUUGUUUCACCCGCUCCAUGGCCCAGGCACCUCCCACCAUGCCAACACCAGCCUCGAUCAUCAACAAGGCCAAGACUGGCACACCAGACUCUGGAUCAGAUGGCAGUGGUAAGAAGCCACCAUCAAGUCUGGGUCCUCGCCUCCGUGCCAAGCGCAGAGUAGCAGCAGAAGCUAGAGAGGACUUCCAGACCCCCGGGAAGUGGCCUUCACUCCUCAAGAAGAGCCAGAGUGUGAGGCCCAACGUGAGGUCGUUCCUCCACACGGUCCAGAAGAACCAGAUGCGGAUGAUGACCCCCAGCUCUCUGGGUCGCAGCACGGUCAUAAAGUCCUUCAUCAAACACACCACGCCGGGCAGUGUCGACCUCAAGGAAAGAGAGCGCCUGAAACUGGAAGCACUAAAGAAGAAGCAGGAGCAAGAAGAGGAGAGGAGGAAGAAGAUGGAGGAAGAGAAGAGGAGGAAACAGGAAGAGAUGAAGAAGAAGAGGGAUGAACGGCUACGGAGGGUAGUGGAGGCCCGGGUGAAGGAAGAACAGAAAGAGAAGAAGAUUCUCCAGAUUGAGAAACACGACACCCUGCGAGUGGAGCGUGUGGCAGAGGAGAAAGCCAGGAAGAAGGUGGCCACCAAACGCCAGGACGAGCUGGAACUGAGGAGGAAGAAGAUUCAACAAGCUGAGGAGGAGGAGGAGAAGCGUCAGCAGGAGCUGCAGGCUAAGAGGAGAGCAGAAGAGGAGCAGGAGAGGACUCGCAAGAUGGCUGAGGCCCGACUAGCGAUAGAGAAGGAACAGGAGAGGACUCGCAAGAUGGCUGAGGCCCGACUAGCGAUGGAGCUGGAGAAGGAUCAGGAGAGAGCGAGACGAGAUGCUGCUGAAAUGGAGCGAGUGAAGAGGGAACAGGCCUUUGCUCUUCAGAGAGAAGUGGAGAGAGCUGCCAGAGAGAAAGAGAGGAACGAGUUGGGUGAGAAGAGGGAGCUGGAGAGGAGGAGGGAGGAGCAGCAGAGGCAAGCUGAGGAGGAGAGACAUAGAGAAGCAGACAGACAGACAGAAACAGAGGCUGCCACCACUGCUGCCAAGAGUCACCUGACUGCUGAAGUUCAGACGCCCGUAGGGAAGGGAGGAGUAAUCAACGUCACUGUAGAUAUCGAGCGGUCUCCCCAGUCGUAUGAGAUCACUCCUAAGGGGGGCAACAAGCCCAUUAUUCUCAACACCAACCCUGAGGACUAUGGGAUGGACCAGAACAGUGAGGACUCUACUGAUGAUGAGUCGGCACCAAGGAAACACAUCCCCAAAUGGGCCAAGGGCGACCAGCUGAAACAGACCAUGAAGAAGCAAUAUUUCAACCCAACGGACGUGGACUGUCACUAUGGAGAGAUUGAACCCCCAAUGUUGGACCGCAUCUUCUACAAGAACAAACCUCGCUACCUCAAACGUACCAGUUCUGGUAUCUGGCACUCUCCUCCUAAAAUGGAGGCUCUGCCCAUUUAAACACUGGGUACUGGGACAAAAUGGGUUUUAUAUUGUAUUUUUGUUACGUUUGUUCUUUUGCAUGUAUUAUAUUAUAGAAUCGUCUGGCUGACGGACACCUGAAGUGACUUCAGAUAAGUGCAAGGAAUGUAGCAAAGAAUUUUUAAAAUAUAUUUUUUUAAAUAAAUGUUGAUUUACAUUUCAAAAAUUCUCUUGAAUAAAAUGAGUAGAACAUG